AAUCGGAAGGCGACAAUUUCGCUUUUGUCCGAUAUUUUGCAAUCGAUUUUUCUUCGCGGCCAUUCGCGCCGCGCCGCAACAAUGGCGACUCGGUGACGAAAACCGGGGCCCGUUACGUCGCUAUUAACGUAACGAUUACGACUCUCUUCCUCGGUCGGUCGCGUCCAACGACGGGGUGUGACGAACAAAUUAAUGCUCCAACGGGACAGUCCUUUUUCGGCGACCAUUGCUAUAAAACGCGAUUUUCGCGAUCGCUUAACCAGUUCACCGCUGGUUCCUCCGCAGGAAGCAACAUGGCGCUGGCCGAGAAACUGAUCAUCCUCGCACUGGCUUCGAUCGCGGCCGUUCACGGUCUUUCGUUGGCUCGUCACAAAGACGACUAUGGCUCCGGUAGCAUAGCGAAGACCGGACAUGGCGGAGGUGGAGGAGGCCACGGUGGCGGCGGCUAUGGUGGCGGCCAUGGUGGCGGUCAUGGCGGCGAUUACGGGGGCCACAGUGACGAAUUCGGAGGCGAGGGUCACAGCGGCGGAUAUCGUGGAGGUUACGGAGGCGAUGACAGCCACGAAAGUCGCGGACGUAGCGGUCACGAAAUUGGCGGGUCCAAAAGUGGCGGUCACGGGGGCGGAGGUCACGGGGGCGGAGGUCACGGAGGCGGAGGUCACGGAGGCGGAGGUCACGGGGGCGGAGGUCACGGAGGCGGAGGUCACGGAGGCGGCGGCGGCGGUCACGCGCAUUCCUACCACCAUUUCUCCGGGCCGGUCUCCGGUCACCAUCAAGAGAUCUCCUGGAAAGACAAACACGGAAAGGUUCACCACGACUACGUGGCCUAUCCUGAGGCCCAUUACGCCUACGGCGUCGACGACAAGCACACCAAGGAUCAUCAUUCGCAGAAGGAGCAUCGCGACGGGAAGACUGUCCAUGGACAGUACGAAGUACACGAGCCCGGUGGCAACGUGAGAAUCGUGAAGUACCAUUCUGACCCCCACAGCGGAUUUACCGCUCAUGUUCACAAUCUCGGUGGAAACGAUCACUCCGGUGGAGGCCAUCAUGGCGGUCACAAGGAUUGAAACCGACGAAACGAGAAACGAUUUAUUUACCUUUAGCUAAGUGUAAUAUGCGUUAUGUUGAUGUUUUUGUUUUUAUUUUGUUAUCGUUAUUUUUGGAGCGGUUAUUGUUUGACCAAAUAUUUCGCUGUUGUUACGUUGUGGAUUCGACUGAAUUCGUAAUAAAGGAUCAUUGUUGGUGUAAACACU